UUCCGGUGCCACGCUUCCGACUCUUCCUGAUUGUCUGCAAUUGCUGUUUAUAAGUGAAGAUGGAGGGUGGGAAUGAUGUUAGAGAACUCGAAAAGCGGCUGCAGGAGCUGGAGAAGCGGGUGUAUGGGGACAGGGGAACCCGUGGCAACAAACCCGUGAAGUGUGCUGAUGUGCUGGGAAAGAUCCAGGCCUCCUUGGUGAACACGUCCAACAAGAGGGAGCGAGUGAAGAUCCUACACAAAAAGAUUGAGGACUUGAUGAAAUACCUGGAUCCCCAGUUCACUGAGAAAAUUGCCAUACCUGACACCAUGAAACUGGAACUUAUACUGGCAGAGGAGGAGUUCCUGCGGUCUCAGGCGGCACUCCUGGAGCAGGUGAGCAGUCUCCAGCCUCUGUUGGACAGCGCUCACAUCAAAGCUGUCCCUGACCACGCCACCAAGCUGCAGCGCCUGUCACAGAUGCACAUCAAACAGCAGGACCAGUGUGAAACUCUAUCCGAGGAAGUGAAGAAGCAGUUUGAAGAUUACAACAAGAUGAUGUUCCUGCUGUCUAAACAAUUUUCUCAAUGGGACGAGAUGUUGAGGCAGCUUGAAAAUGCCAGUCAGGUCAAGCCAGUAGUGGAGUGAAGUCCUUGGCCUGGAAGAUGCCAGACACACCCUGACUUCAGAGGAGAGAUGGAUCGCCAAUGGAAUCUCUUACCUGUUUCACCACAUGCCUCAGAUCACCCUUCUCCCUCCCUUCCUGUAACUCAGAAGUCCCAGAAACCCCUCUUCCCUACACAGUGUAUCCAAGAUGGAUUGACUUAAAGAACCCUUUGACAUUAUAGACAUUGCAGCUGCAGUGUUUAAACAAACAUACAAUAUCCAACUUGGAACGCACUGGUAGUACCAAAUACUUUAAGGUUAUAACUUCCAUCCCAUUUAUCCUACUGGCACAAAGUGAAUAUCACGCUACUUACGAUAUAAGGUGUAGGUUGUUUUUGCAGAGCCUAUCCAAAUGUUAUGUUUCCCAUGGUCUCCAUGGGGCAUAGAGAGGGUUUGUGGACCAGGUGGUUUUCAUGGAGGGCUCAUGAAGUAAUCGCAUUGUCUGCCACCAAAACCUCCAACUUCUGCUCUGGACCUUCAGUGCUUGUUAGUCCUUAUCAACACUUUACAGUCACAUAGGAGCUUACUUUCUUCCAUGUUCUGUAAUGUUACAGUUUUGAAAUAUUAAAAUGAAAAAAGGGUCUCUACAAGAAAUGAGAGAUACCUGUGUUUAUAAAAGGAACACAAUAAACUUAAAUUAUUAAACUACA